UUAAUGAUAUGACACUCGUUUACUUUGAAAUAAUUGCAUUUUGUCAUUUUUUUUUCAAGGAACGCGUACAGCUACUUAAAGUCAGACGGUUUAAGGUCUCAGAUCUCAUACAGGUCACUUUUGUUGUCCCCCAAAUAGGCCACUUAUCUUCUGUUAUUUGUUUAAUUUGUAAUUAAAAUUAGGUUGUAUCUAUUUUUUUUAAAUUUUAUAAACCAAAAUGUGCAAUUUAAACCACACUAACAGUGUGUUAUGGUGGAUUUUCGAUAACGUGAACAAAAUAUAUAGUUUUUGUUUCGCUUAGCAAAUAAUAUUAAAACAAACAAAAAAACAUUAAUAUAGUCUAAAAUGAUUAAUAUUUUCAACAAGUGUAUAAUGACGUGAACUCCACGCCAGGAAAAUAUAUCUGCAAAUCAUUUUCAAAAGAAAAACCAGCUAAGUAAAUAAAUUAAAACAGACACUAUGCAAUUAUAUUUCGACUUUAACACAGUUAGUUAAAAAAGCUAAUCGCAUUGAUCUAUUUCUUAAAAAUUGUAUUAAUCCGAUAAUUCAGGUAAAUAUCACUAUUAAGCUUAACAUUUGUCAAAUAAAUAUGAAACUUUUCUGGUUUUUAACAUCGAUUGUCUUCGUGGACGUUUCAACAGACGACCUGACCGACUACAAGAGAGAGGUUAUCAUAACAAACGCACACAUCGAGCAGGCUUAUUAUAAGAAUAAUUUUACUGUAGGAGAUAAAACUGAUACAAACGGAUUGGAGCACGUUAUUAUAAACAUUAUCGAUACCAAAGAAUAUGAUACAUGUUUUGCAGGAAUGAUAAUCAUGAACAUUAUGAUUGCUGUGCCGGAACAUUAUGCAUACAUUAGCGACCUAGAGGGAGCUAAAGAUAUCCAAAUAGCUAUGCAAAAUGAAAUAAAAAGUAAAUUAGGGAUUGAUGUUCCCGAAGUUUCAGACCAAACUUUAGCAAAAUUCGAUAACAUAGAUUUGGAACAACUCGGGGAAGAGAGAAGACGUUUAACUGGAAAAGCUUUAAAAAAUAUGAUGAUCCAUGCAUUAGAUUUUGAAAAUAUGACCGGUCUUAUUGAAAAAAGAAAAAUAUUUCCUACAGAAUUAGUAAAAAAUAGAAUAGUCCGGUACGCAGAUAGCCGUAUACAGGAAAGUCCUUUAUUGCGGAUGUGUCGUUUAAUAGCGUUGUUUAUGACUACUAAAACGCCAACAGCAUUUAUAAAAUCUGUCCUGACCGGCUCGAAAAGAACUUGUUGCCUUACUGAUGUACUUACAACGAGUAAAACAUACAGAGAAAUCGACGGCGUAUGGUGGCAAGUAAGCACCAAUGCCAUUGAUGACAGACUACAACUACUCAAAAAAGAGUUGUGAUAAUUAUUUAGACCACAAAUCGAUGGUAUAUAAUAACUUUUCUAAAAAAUUUAAUAGCACUAUUAUUGUUAAAUUUUAAGUAAUACUUGCAUUUUGUACUAAAUAUCGAAGUUUUUAAUUAAUUUAAUGUAUUUCUUAAUAAACAGUUUCACUCAAGAUCAUAAACGCGUUUGUUUAUGUAUGUAUGUUGAUUUUUAAAUAUAUACUUUAUACUUAU